UAUUAUCCAUUUAUGUUAUUAUGUUAAUUAAAAAUUAAUUAAGUACCUAUACAUUUAUAACUACACAUUACUACAAAAGUGAAAGUAGGUUUGGGCUGUAGACUCAGUAUUCACUAACUAUAAUCCAUAAUGAUCGUAUUUAUCUUUUAUCAUGCAUUCACGCGUAUAUAAAAGUAACAACCUAAUAUCAUUUAAAUACUAGUAUUUAUAAUCAAUGCUAAUAUUUACCUACUGGGGUCUGGGGUACUUAGUACUUAAUUAAAAAUAUUAAAAAUAUUAUAUAUAUUAUUCAAUUAUAGCGGAUACACAGGAACAGUUGACAUCAUGAAAACAUUAUACUACGACUACGCAGUAACAAUUACGUGUUGGUCAGUAAAUAGUUAGUAUUACUAAGUAGUGGGUAAUGGCCUGGGUAUAUAUACAUACAUUAUACAGACGACAGACCUAUGUAUAAAACUAAAUCAUAGAACGCGUUAUUCACUUAUUCAGUGUUCUUACUUACCCACAAGUAUUAGAUAGGUACCUCAAUUGUGUUAAAAUAUAAAAAUGCUUAAUUUCGUGUAAAUGUGUAAUAGAUAUAGCUGAUAUAAUAAUUAUAACAACAAUAUUUGAAUUUUAAACAGUUAAGUAUUAUGCUGAAGCGUGGAUUAUAAUAGACAUACGUUUUAAAUUUAUUUAUUGUGAUGUGCUUAUUUAAAGUUUGUUGAAAUAUAUAUGUAAUGUAAUACAGUUAUUUUAAUAAUUUUAGUAUUUAGUUUUCUCAGAAAUUAUUUUAAUAGAUACAAUGUCUCACUACAAUAUGCCAAUUGCUGAAUAUGUGUACACAGAACACUUCGAAGAAAUGAAUGUAGCUCAAGAUGUUUAUUUAACAUUUACUGACAAGAAGAAUUCUAACGAUCGAUUUUUGUACGUUUAUGACUUACUAAAACAAUAUGAUUGGUUACCUACAAAAUGUGACGGUUAUAUUAGACUAUCACAGGCGCAUCGACAAUGGAGAAAACGACUGAAAAAAAGCCUUAAAAAGGUUGGAAUAUUUAUAAAUAUGGAUUGUACCACAGCAAACAAAAAUAAUGAUACGUCUGAUCAAUAUAGAUCACGUGGCAAUGAAGCGUUUAAAAUUAAAAAUUAUGAGGAAUCGUUAAAAAUGUAUACGCGAAGUAUAAUGACUGCAGAAAUUGACUCUCCCAACUUUGCUUUAUCAGUGGCAAAUAGAUCUGCUGCUUUGUAUUAUUUAGAAGAGUAUGAGCAUAGUUUAAAAGAUAUUGAUCAAGCAUUUAAAUCCAAACAGUAUCCAUUGCAGAAUCAUUAUAAGUUAUUUGAAAGAAAAGGAAAUUGUUACCGUCAGAUGAACCAACCAUCUAUUGCUUUAGAAUUCUAUUGGGAUUGUUUAUCAUAUUUAGAUAGUAAUACAUAUUUAACACUAGACGCCAGAGCAAAAAUCAAAAUCAGAAUAUCAGGGUUCGUGAAAAAAUCUGAAGAGGCAGAAGAAAAAGUUAAAAAAAUGAAUCUUAAAUAUAAAAGAUUCAAAAAACUUGAAAUUGACAAAAGUACUAAUUUAUUGAAAUGUGUUGAAAUACAAAAUUCAAAAGAAAUGGGGAGAGGAUUAUUCGCAUCAAAAAACAUAAAGCCUGGUGAAAUACUUAUUAUAGAAGAGCCUAUUGCUGGUGUAUUUAAAAAUAGUAUGUGGAUGUUCAACUGCAAUUAUUGUUUCAAACGAUGUUUAUCAGCUAUACCGUGUUCUAAAUGUUCACAGGUUGUCUAUUGUGAUGAUACGUGUUUACAAAAAGCGUACGCCAGUUACCAUAAUACAGAGUGUUCAUUAGUCUAUCCUCUCAAAGAGGACCCAACUGUUGAACCCACUCACGAUCUGGCCUUACGUUGUUUCAUGCAGCUCGUAAAUGUAAUGGGUAUCGAUCAUUACUGCUCAAUGGUACAAAAGUAUAAUGAAUCAAACUUUAGUUGUGACGGGAGUAGCAAUCAUUUGAUAGACCCUUUUUACUCAAUUUAUGCAUUGGAUGGAAAUGAAGUCAAAAGAACAGUAUCCAAUUUAUUUUUUAUGCAUUGUACUGCAUCAAUGAUGGUAUCUCUAUUGUUGUUAAAUAAAUUUGAUAUCCCAUCAAAUUUGUUAGGCACUGUUGGUGAAUCGCUAGUUCAUUUGCUGUGUAUAGCCAACUUGAAUUCUUAUGCGUCUAUAGAGCUAUCUAAAUAUAUCGGCAAGAGCAGUGAUAAUAUUGUCGCAAAUCGACCAGCAACUUUUGAUUCUGUUGCUUUAAUUCUAUGCACUGCGUAUAGUUUGAUAAAUCAUUCAUGUGAUCCAAAUGUGAUAGUUCAGACGUAUAGUGGUAUAGAAGUGACUCGGGCAAUACAACCAAUUUUAAAAGGAUCUCAAGUAUUUACUGAUUAUGGCGUCAAAUUUAUGUCACAUAACAAAAAAGAACGCAGUAUACAUUUAUUUGAUCAGUACCAAUUUCAAUGUCAGUGCCAGGCUUGUAUGAACAAUUGGCCCAACUAUGCGUCAAUGGAACUCAAUGAAUUAUUUAUUGGCUAUGACUCACUCUCUAUUAACGACGAGGAAAACGACCAACUUAGUAUUCCAAAAUCAACUUUAUCCAAGUUCAAUAAGAUUGUUAAUUUAUUAUUAACACAACGCAAGAUAAAUAUUGAUUAUUUAGAUUUUUUAUUUUCAUUUUUAGAUUUGUUAUAUUUUAAUUUUAAAAAACCAUGUACCAUUUACUAUAAAUGUAUUCAAUUAGUUCAAACAUGUUUGUAUUACACUUCAGAUCAAGUACAUUACAUGUCAUCGAAUAAAAAUAUAAAAUAAUAAAAUGUAUAUUAUAUAUGUGGAUGUGUAGAGAAUGACGCAUUGACACAUACAUAUCUCCUUAA